UCACUCGCUGGCAUUGCGGUGAGGUGACGUUUCGGGGACGGCUGUUACCCAAAAUCGAACCGAAUCUCGGCCAAAUCCUUCAUCAAUAGAUAAAUAUGGUGAUAUUGGCUGGCGGUCAAGUUGAAUGCGUCCGAUUAAGCAUAGGCCGUUGCCCAGUUCUCGGUUUCAGAAAUUCAGUGACGACUUGUCAACCGAGGUGCGCGCAUCGGCUGCGACUACGGCUCCGCUGCAUUAACGAAACCCAACCACUGCGGAAAUGUUUUUGCAAGUCACCAUCGGAUGUCUAGCUCUUUUGGCGGUUGGCACUGCCUUCGAAGAGCAUCCGCACUUCUGCAUCGAUACAGAGCCUCUCCUCCUAUCGCAAAUAGAUAGGCAUGUGGUUAUUCCCACCGAGAAGGAUCUGCAGUGCCAUAUUAAGGCCACCACACUGACUCUCAAGGAGAAGGCGAGCCUCGUGGACACCUUGUGUGCGGAUCACGGAUCUACGACGAUCCGACGCGACAACCAUCACUUCCUUCGGCUUCGCAACGGUGAGCUGAGUGGGCGUGGCUCUCAGUCGGAUAUAUGUACGAAUAAUGCCAGUUCGGUGCUAUCGUGGGUGCCGUAUGACAUGGUGCUGAAGUACUAUGCCGCCGAGCUGAAUCCAAAGGAACGGCUCACCUACAUAGCGAAGGCCACGAAUGUUGAGCGCGAGAAGACGGAACUGUGCCAUUUCCGGCACACGGAUCUGGUCAAUGCCGUCUCCGACAACCUGUUCACCUGUGUGGUUAUGAUAUUUGGUGAUAACUUUUACGGCUUGGAGGACAACAUAAAUGUCUUGGUGGAACUGGAACCCCUCAUGCACCAGCUUCGUAACAUCACCUACUUGCCAUGGCGCAACGUCUCCAACAGCUAUAAAAUGCAACUGGGCGAAAGUAUGCUCCGGAAUCCGGGCAGCGAAAAGAAGCCCAUUUAUGGGAGUCUCAACUACGCCUUUGUGGAGAAGAUCCAUCUGAAUGUCAGCAGUGUAUAUCAGGACAAGCACUUGGCUAGGCUGCCACUUCUCUUAGAGCAUCGCAGUUCGGUGCUGCAGCUCGAUGAGCACGGCGUGGGCGGUAUAGACGUAGAGGAGAAGGCCUACUUCGGGCGCAGCAUGGAUCCUCGGAGUGAGGUAAAGGUGCAGGUUAUUGGGCAGUGGGUGGACCAGCACCGCCAGUUCUCGGCCGACAUCUACGAGUACUACGGCUAUGGCUUGAAGCGCUACAAGGAACCAAUGAAAGGUGGACAGAUCACGUUCGUGAGGAUUGACAACACGGAGCCAGUCUUUUCGGCGCCGGAGUCAAAUAAUCUGGUCAAGGCAUCCUUGUUCCAGGACUCCAAAGCCGCCAAACUAAAGGAUGGAUCCACUGGCAACUUUACAGAGUGGGAGAAUGCCCAGGAGGACCCCGACGACGAGGAGUCGGGAUUCUACGGAUGGUUUGUGGUGACAUCCUUGUUGGUGGCCUUCAUCGUGGUGCUUGGCAUCUAUGUUGUAAUACGCCGGCAGCAUUGCAAAAAUGGCCAGCGGCAACAGUAUAAUCUAGCUAAUACAAACGUCCCUGCACCAGCCUAAAAAUACAGAAUAAAUCCCAUAAUCUUAGGACUCAAAAAACAAACUUACAGGUGCUCCUCUCACCUGAAAUGUCAGUUCACUUGAACGAGUUGGCAGUUCCUUUGCCAAUUCCUUUUAUUUUUUAAUUGUUCUUUGGUAACCGCUGCAAUAUUGGUGUAAAAUGUCCAGUUUUUAUUUCUGAAAUAAACCAAGUGAUGUAUUCUUUGCAAAAAUA